AUAAGUCUAUUUCAAGUUGUCUUCGUUGUUCACGUAAUAAACACUCUUUGCCGUUAAGUCUGGUACUCAACGGACUGUCAUCACUCUCGCACUAAAUGGAAACGGAAACGGAAGCCGUUGAAAACGGAAACGACACGACCGUUACCGAAAUCAACGUCCAAUCACCAGCAGCCCUAGAUGGCGGCGAUGAGGUAAGCCGCGACGAUUUGGCGGUCGGAGAGCGAAGGCGAAAAGAGCGAGUGAAAGGGCCGUGGUCGCCUGAGGAAGAUGCCAUACUGAUUGAACUUGUGAGCAAGUUCGGGGCGAGGAAUUGGAGCUUGAUUGCGCGCGGAAUCGCCGGUCGGUCUGGCAAGUCGUGUCGGCUUCGUUGGUGUAAUCAGCUCGACCCGGCCGUUAAGCGCAAGCCAUUUACUGAUGAGGAGGAUCAGACGAUAAUUUCAGCACAUGCAGUACAUGGGAACAAAUGGGCAGUGAUUGCAAGGCUUCUGCCUGGAAGAACAGAUAAUGCUAUUAAAAACCAUUGGAAUUCCACACUGCGGCGUCAGUACAUGGAGCUUGGUAGGGUAAAAUCAAAAUCUGAAAAUAUGGUGGAAGAUGCUAGCUUGGACAAAACCAAGGCAUCAUCUGAAGAAACUCUGUCUUGUGCGGAGGACAGUUCAUUCAGAUCCCUGGAAGGAAAAGAUAUAAGCUCUUUGGAAAAGUUAGAUGAUCAAUUAAAGGACAAAGACCUAACAGGGAUUCAAUCUAGUCAUGAAUCAAUUGAACCGCCUACUCUUUUCCGUCCUGUAGCCCGUAUCAGUGCUUUUAAUGUUUAUAAUAAUGUGGAUGCACCAGAAUUUGUUUCACCACGUUCAAGGCCAGUUCCAAUGCUAGGAACUCCAAUUCAAACAUCAAAGCCAGAUGUUGGAAUAUGCAAAUUGCUUGAAGGAGUUUUCACUGAACGUUUAGUGCCUCUACAAUGUGGUCAUGGCUGUUGUGGAACUCAAAAUGGUAGAAACCUAAAUAACUCUUUGCUGGGGCCAGAAUUUGUGGAAUUUUCAGAACCUCCAUCUUUUCCAAGUUAUGAAUUGGCUGCAAUAGCCACUGAUAUAAGUAACCUUGCUUGGCUGAAAAGUGGAUUGGAUAAUAACAGCAUCAAAGCAAUGGAUGAUGCGGCUGAUGGUACAGCAUUUCAUAGAUCUCAAGUGAGCGUGGGACAUUUUGAAGAGGGCAGAAUGGAUGAUCAUUUACGCAUUGAAGAGAAAAACAAGAAGUUAAUGAGCACAAUGACCAACUUGCUGUCAACAUAGAAUAGGAGCAAUCGUACUUCCAGGUUGAGACAUUGCCUUGUCCUUGGUAUGUAUUAUUAUGUAGAAGCCAAGAAGGUGGUCAGAAAAACGAUAAAGAAUGAUAGUCAAGGAUUUUUAAUAGCCUCUCAAUUAGCUUGGUAGUGAUGUGUGAUCCCGGUUUCUCUGUCUUUGAAGUAAACGCAGUAUGGUACUGAAGUGAACUGUAAGAAGUGCUUCAUUCUUUCAUGGUAAUUGCAAAGCUUGACCUACAUGCUUAAAUGGUCAUAGCAGUUGAUAAAUUUGAUUCAGGGAAGGUUUUUUUUACCUAUUCAUGUUACAAACAAAGCCUGUUAAUACCUUUGUACCAGCAGCAUGAAUUGAUGGCAAAGUUUGGACAUAUUGAUUUACAUUCUGAUUACUAUUCUUCUUUUUUGUUGUGUAUCUAGUUUUUUUCCUAUUGAAGUUCAAUUCAAGCGGAUAAUGUGGGCAAAUUAUCUUUAUUUUCUAUUGCUAGCAAAUCAGAGUGAAAUGUUUAAAGCUGGGAUGGUGCUGAUAGAAAGUGGAAGACAUCUGGUUUCAAAACUAACGAGUGCCCUUGGCUAGUGACAAAAGCAUGCUUAUAACCCUUCACUCACAAGUUUCUAAAAAAGAAAGGAAAAGAAAAAAUUGCUUUAAAUCUUUCCUGGAUACAAACCACCCUGAAAGAGACGCAUACCAGGGGCUGCUUGAAAGAGAUAAACACGUGGCAUUGCAUUUGCAGAGCCGCUUUUUCUUUUAAACCUGACGUGAAAUAUCAGCUUGUGGUACCUAACUCCGAAUCAUCCAUCAGUCUAUUUUCAUGCCAAUUCUGUUGGUUUAUGAAUAGACAGAUUCAACUUCAUGCACUGAAUCUUUGUUUUUUAGCUUUGUGUGUGUGUGUGUAUUCUGUGUUGGCUUGUGUUUACAAGGAUGAAUUGAAUAUUUGUCUUAGAGACCUAAUCCUGGAAAUUUUAACCAGAAAAGUUCUAACCAUAAGAUAUCAUAUCUGGUAAACA